AUGAGCGGCAGCUCAAAGGAAAAUCCUCGAGAUGAGGAUCGGAUGGACAAGAGGAUUGCCCAAACCAAAUUACGCUUGAUCAUCGAAGACGUACAAUCGGAGGCGGUGAAGAAGACGCUGAGGUGCGUUCAGCUAGAGGAGGAGUUGGCGCUAGCAGUGCGCAAAGUGUGGACAUGCUUGUGCUUGCCGGUGCUUGAUGAGGAGCGAGACGGUGGUGAUGAGGGGAGAUGCACGAGCGCAAAGAAGGUUGCGCAAAGUGUGCGAAGUAUCACGUUGCAUGUUAGGGAGAUGGAUGGUGUGGCUUACACCACUGGAGACCGUUGGGACGAUGAGCACAAAGAGGUGAGCUUGAGAUCAACACUUCUUGAAAGCGCACAUGCCGUAAUUUGAGCCGUUUCGUGAUACGCCGAUAAGCCAACCCGCCUCAAUGCAUACCGCGCAGAUCCACAUCUCUGCGAAUCACAUCGCGAACACAUCCGAAGACCGGCGAGCAGACGAACUGCGAGGUGUCCUGUGCCACGAGAUGGUGCACGUGUGGCAGGUGAGAGCGUGGGCAUGUGCAGCUCAGACCAAUGACUUGCGCAAGCUCAAAUGGCUGUCGAGGUGCUGAAAGGCUUCGCUGCUCUUCCUUUCCCUUCCCAAAGUUCAAUGGCAAGGGCACCUUUCCAGGAGGAGCAGUGGAAGGCGUUGCGGACUGGGUACGCCUCAAGGCUGGCCUUGCACCGCCACAUUGGAGAAGGACGCCAGGCGACCGGUGAGCAGCGUCGAACUUCAUCCAUCCGUACCUCGCGCUAAAAAUUACGAUUAGACAAGACUCGAUUGUUAACAUUUCUCCUCAUCACAUUCCUUUGCAGCUGGGACGCAGGCUACGAAAAGACAGGCGAGUGGAUGUUCCGGCGCAAGCUGAUGCUAGGCGAUCAUGAAUGCUUUGUUUGCAGCUGACCUGCUCGACAUCGUCUGCUCUCAGCGUACUUCCUCGAAUGGCUGGAAGUACACGCGGGGGAAGAUUUGCUUGUGCCCAAGCUGAACGCCCACCUCUGCCAUGA